AUGAAGGUGAAAUACCAAGGGAACGAGAAGGUGAAGAAAGCUCAGUUGAACAGACUAAGAAGAUCAUUUGAAGUUUUGAUGAUGAAGAAUGGUGAAUCUGUUACAGAUUACUUCGGCAGGGUUAUGGUGAUAGCCAAUGAGAUGCGAAAUUGUGGAGAACAUAUGGAAGAUGUCAAGAUUGUAGAGAAGAUCUUGUGGACGUUAACAGAGAAAUGGAAUUAUGUUGUCUGUUUGAUCGAGGAAUCUAAGAACAUAGAUGAAUUGUCGGUAGAUGCAUUGCAAAGCUCCUUGCUGGUGCACGAACAAAAAUUUAAGAGAGACAACGAAGGAGAUGAAGAACAGGCGUUGAAUAUCUCAUUAGAAGAGAGGCAAGGGAUAUGA